AUGCGUUUCACUGCUAGCUACUUCGGUGCUCUCGCCAGCGUCGCGCUGAGCCUGAUCUCCGCCGUCAAUGCCGAGGACAAGGCCGUCUUCGCCCACUACAUGGUGUGCGGUCUUUCGUCAGUCGAGCAGGCUCAGACCGACGUCCGUGACGCCAAGGCCCUGGGUGUUGAUGCCUUCGCUCUCAACAUCCAGAAUGUUGUCGACUCUUGGGCUCUCAGCGCCAUCGACUGCCUCUUCCAGGCCGCUGCUGAGAAUGACUUCAAGCUGUUGUUCUCUUUCGACAUGGCCGUCUUGAACGAGCAGGACCCCAGCUCGUUCCUGCCCAUCUUCGAGCAGUACGCUGGCAACGACACGUACUACAAGCACGAUGGCAAGCCCUUUGUCACCACCUUCAACGGCGGUAUCAUGUCCAACGGCGGCGAGUGGACCCGCAACCUCCGCUCGAGCAUCGAGGCCGACGGCUUCACCCCCUACUUCGUCUCCGACUUUGGCCUGUACAGCAGCUCCGACUCGUCGGCCGCCGAGAGCCUCAUGGGCUCUCUGAAGACCUACUCGGCCGUCGAUGGUGUUUUCUCCUGGGAGACUGCCUGGCCCGCCGAGCAGGAUGGCAUCGUCAGCAUCCUCAGCUCCGUCACUGACAAGAUCGGCCUCGACUCUGCCCACGCCACUGGCAAGUCCUACCUGAUGCCCCUCUCCUCCCACCAGUUCAAGCACAUUGACGGUCUCGGCAACUGGUACCGCCGCGGUGAGCUCACCCUGCCCAACCGCAUGACGCAGAUCCUCGACCUUGAGCCCGAAUUCGUCAUGCUCCUGACGUGGAACGAUGCGGGUGAGUCGCACUACAUCGGCAACGUGUGGUCCGAGUCCAUCUCGACCAGCGAGGCCACCCAGAAGUACGUCGACGAUUUCGACCACUCGGCCUGGCAGGACGUCAUCGCCCCCUUCAUCUCGGCCUACAAGAACGGUGCUAAGACUGCCGCCGACAUCGUCCCCACCAACGGCAACUUCACCGGCGCCAUGUGGUACCGCCCGCUGCUCAAGGACGCCAGCUGCGCCGGUGACUACCUCGGCAAGCCCAUUGGCUGGGAGAACGCGCAGGAUACCGUCAACUUCGCUGUCAUGCUCCCCGCUGACACCGAGGAGGGUUCCGUCAAGAUUAACGUCUACUCGGGCGACAACCUGCUCGAGUCGUUCGACGGCAAGGCGGGUCUGAACGCUCAGGCUGUUCUGGGCAUGACGACGGGCAAGCAGAGGGUUGAGUUGGUCAACACUGACGGCACCGUUCUGGGCGCCGGUCUCAGCGCGGCGGACGUCCAGGCUGAUGCGGAUUUCUGCAACUUCAACUACCACGUCGUUCACGUCGCAUAA